AUGGCGACAACUUUGGCUGAUCAGAAGCGUUCUCAAUUACAGCCUGUGUGCCAAAAUUGUGGCACAUCCACCACGCCUCUCUGGCGUCGAGACGAACUUGGCUCCGUCCUGUGCAACGCCUGUGGCUUGUUCCUCAAGUUGCAUGGCCGUCCUCGUCCGAUCAGUCUGAAGACUGAUGUGAUCAAGAGUCGCAAUAGAGUCAAGACCGCCGGACAGGGACCGAAGCGUAAGUCCAGCAGCGCUGUCGACGCAAAUGGUCUUUCGACCUCGAGAUCGGACGAUGGCACUCCUCCACUGGGAUCGCAGGGAUAUCGUCGCGCGUCGAGAAAGACGUCACCGGGGCACUCGGAUCGAUCCAAUUCACCAGUAUCCCGAACAGAGACUCCAGGAAUCUCUGGCCUGCAACAACCACAUCCACACAUUUCCAACAUUGCGCCUCAGCAUAUGUUCGACAGCGUCACCCUCGCUGAUCAUACUUUGACCGCGGCCAAUGCCCUUCCUUCGUUGCAGCUGCAUCAACCAACUCCCACGUCGACUUCUUCCGCUGUGGAUCGGCACCCCGAUGCACCCCAGACAUACGAGGGACUCCUUGCUGCCAACGCCUCAUUGAAGACACGCGUGAGCGAACUGGAGCUCAUUAAUGGACUUUUCAGGGGCCGCGUUGCGGAACUCGAACAGAGUGACGCGACUGCACGCCGCUCUGAGAUGAUCGUUCGCGACUCCGAAGCACGUCUUCGUAGAUCUCUUGAAGAAGCCCAACGUCGAGAAGAAGAUCUCAAACGGCGCGUGGGCGACCUUGAGCGGCAGUUGACCGAACAGGUCAGCCUGAACACCAUCACGAACAAUGACGGUUCUGACGAACAUUUGGCCAAGAAGAUCAAACUGUCCGAUGUGGUAGAACACCCAUCCGAUUCACCCAACAAAUCGCCGAAGAGCAUUUGA